GCCAAAUGUCAAAACAGUCCAAAGUAAUUCUGUUAUUACUGCGAAAAACUCAUCAUACAGUGGACGAAAUGCAAAAGAACUAAUCUAGUAAGGGAAAAUAACCUAACUGGACAACCAGGAGACUGUAUAUGUGUACUGGGAUUAAUAAACUAUUGGCCCAAGCUGUGUACACAUAUAAUGAAAUUUGUAUGAGAAUUUCACUGUGUGAUUUGCUGUGAACAAUACUCAGGGUUCCAUGAUUUUCCUGCCCGCCAUGGAGACUAUUUCCCAACCAGAGAGACCCCAUACAAGUCACAUCCACUCUUGUCGUGAGACGGCACAAAGGGGCCGACCAGACCCUACCUUCAAGUACAGUGUGCCUGGGGGACGUAGACUAUGGAAUCAAAUGUUAAUAGGUUUUGUUUGCGCUGCCUGUCUCGGGAUGAUAAUGUUGAUUCUCGGAAGUGUCUUCAUUGGCAAUGCGAUUAAGGGAAAUACUUCUAUAACUGUGAUGCUGUGUGUUCUUGGAAUGGUAUGUGGCAUGAUUAUCCUGGUUGGAACAGCAAUACUGGGCCGUAUGUUACUGACACGAAAACUGCGGACUGCAGAUGACGGCGCCACACAGCACAGACCAGAGGCCUGUCUUCAUACCUGUUCCAUCAUCUACACUCCAUCACAAGACCAGCUAAAUGGGACUGUAUACCAAGACCCGCCUCCGGCAUAUGAGAUGGUCAUCUUCCCGUUACAUCAGGCCCCCACUUUGGAUGAUGGUCACUUUGCGGGCAGUAUAGAGGUCAAUGAGGGGUCACAGAGGCUUGUCCAUCCUGUGAUGAUCAGUCCACCAAAAUAUUCCAUAGCUGCAGCACCAUUGCCAGAAUAUGGCGACCCUGUAUGAGUCAGCGUAGGAUUCUUUUAUUGAAUUUUUUUUUAAGUGUUUCUGAUUAUUUUUGUGUGUUUUAUGAGAUUUAAAGUUGUAAUUCUGAAAUUAAUUUGUUCACCGUUUGUUUAAAGAAAAAUACUUUUGAUUUUGAGAACUUGUAAUGCAUUUUUAUUAAUGUUUUUAUGAAUAUUAGCUGGUGUGUUUUUCAAAGAAACUAUUUAAAGGAAACUUAAAGGGCCAUAAUUCAUGACUUUAAAAAAGGAUGAGCUAAGCGCCUUUUUUACUCAAAUCCGAUGCGCAUUGGUGUUUGCUUCUUAUGUAUUAAGAUAAUUGAAACAAAUAAAAUGAUUGCUAAUCUACCCCUAUGCCAAAAUGCUUUGAAAAGGUGAUUUGAGUAAGUCAUUAAUGUGGAGUAUAUGUUUAAAAUAAUGUUAAAGUGUAGUGUGAUGAAUGUUCUCACAAACUUUGAGGUCGUAGUGAUAGCUUUAAUCUUUUUAUGUAUCCGAUAAAAGGAAAACUUUGCUGAAACACAAUUCUUAAGUCAUCACCAUAUGCAGCUUGAAUUAUGCAUAAAGGUAUAUCGGUUAUUGGACUUGAAUAUUAUAGUGCUGUUCUCAGCGUUGUGAUUCAUGUGAUAUUGAUUAUUCACUGUGCCAGUUCAGAUAUGUGUUUUAACUUGUAAAAAAGCCAUGUCUGUGUUAGGUUGUGUAAGCAAGUCGCUGUAUUGGUGUGUUAUUUUACUUGUAUACAAGCAAUGUCUGUGUUACAUUGUGUAAAGCAUGUCGUGGUAUUGGUGUGUCUUUUUGUAAUUGUGUAAAAUUUAAUUUAUUGUUGUAACGCCAAAUAGCUUUAUUAUUUAUUAGGAAAGCAUGUCAAACGUUUUGUGACAGACCUGGUGUCACCGUCAACAUUGUGAAAUGUUGUGCAAAUACUUGAACUUUGACAAUUACUCAAAUAGUUCAAGAUAUUCAAAUGAAACUGGGUACAAAUGUUUCUGAAGACAAUACACACACAUGUACACCAAGGUCCAAAACUCUGACUUUAAAAAGUGUUGAGUUACACCCCUUUUAUGACUGAGGACAGAACAACAAAUAAGUGUUGGAAUUUGCUUCACAUCGCUCUUGUUCUUUGUAAAGUUUACAAGCUUGUAAUAGUCUGUAUUAUUUUGCAGGAAGGAAGUUACUAUAUUAGGUUAGUUUAAGCCUAAUUUAUAUCAUGGAAAUAUGUCAGGGCUGAUCAAAUUCAGGAUGAAUUGUGAAAUCAGGAUUAAGAGCAUUCUAUUUUAGACCAUCAUACAUUUGUUUGUUUGCUUGACAUAACAAAGUAUGUUGAAAGUACUUCCCUAUAAAUGGCUUAGAAAACAAAACAAGAAUUUUUAUCAGAAGUCAGGUAUGUGUAUCAUAACAAGAAAUAUUAGCCCAAUGAGCUAUUUUCCAUCAUAAAUAACAAACAUACAUAACAUAUCAAACUUAAAGAGCUGGUGCCCUGGAAAUAAAAGUAUGAUAUAGUCAUUAAUCAUCAAUUCCCAUAGGGGUCUAAACAUUUUUUAAGUUUUCAACUCCUCCUACUCGUAAAUUUUCACGAUUUGGAUAUUCGGUUUGUUGUCAUCCCUGAGCAUUGAAACAGCACAUACAUGUAGUAUACAUGGGUUUCUAGCUAGAGAGUUAUGGAAGGGUGUUUUUUUUGGUAGCACCCUUCUGCCUUUAUGAAUACCAUCAUAUGCAUUCUCCUGUCUUCAUAGAAUUAAAUGCUUAAGAUAAUCAAAUAUUUCUUUUGUUCUGAUUAAAACUUACGAUUAUAAAUACAUACAAUGUUUGGCAGUAUAAAGUUAUAAACCUAAUAUUACUUCAAUCAAACAUAAUUCCUCACAUUUUCUUCAAAUUCAUAAUGUUCAAAUUCUAUUCAGCCCAAUGCUUGGUUCCCAUUUGACCCUUAACGUAUCUCUUCUGCAGCAGGUGCCCUUUUAAAACCUAGCUAAAACCCUAUUUUUAUUCAUAUAGUAUGGUAAGGAUUGAGAAAAUGCCUCAGAGCUAAUAUAUUAUUAGCUUUCUUAUUCGUUACUUUGGUGUGUGUUGUUUUUGUGAGUACAGUCGAACCCUGCUGGCUCGAUUUCCUUGUUGGCUCGAACUGGAUGUAACGGACCGAUGUUUUAAAACUGAAGGUAAGCAUUCCCGCUUGGCUUGAAUUUUUUCGAGGCUCGAGGUAUUUUCGCCAGUUCCUGGGAGUUUGAGCCAACGAGGUUUGACUGUAUAACAUUUAAGUUGUUUGUUGCUUGAUUUAUUGUUAUUGCUUUAAAUAGCUUGAUCUAUUGUAUGAUUCUAUUUUUAUUUUUGUUUAAUACAUGUAUGUGCAAUUUAAGUGCCCAGAUAUAACUACUAUACAAUGUACAUGUGCAUGCAAAAAUUUAUAAUUUCACUGCGGUGAAAGUCUUGUGAUAAAAAUAAUUUCAUGAUGUCAAUUGGUGACAUCAUUUCAGAAAUGUUCAACCUGACACAAUGAAUGAUACACAGCCUUUAUUAAGCAAUCAAAAGCAAAAAUAAUGGCAGUAAAAAUAACAUGAUAUUUCACCGAAAAGUUGGAAAAUGCAUAAAGUAAUAAUUCCCUGGUUGUUUUUGACCUGUUUUAUGCUUUUUCUUUCACUCAGAAUGCGCUUCCAGCAUUAGUUCUAGAAGUGCUGACAUGAAUGUUGAUUCAAGUGUAGUUUGUCCUUUUUUGUUUUCUGAGUGUUCUAUCUGUAUUGUUAUUAUUAAUGUACUGUACGACUAUUAUAUAACACUGCGUCACAUGUACCUUCUGAUAUUACCUGUCCAUUAUAUAAGUAUAUUGUCUCUUCUUAUAAAAAACUGGUAAGUAAUGAAAUGAUUUCUGCAUUUAUAUGUGUAAGGGUAAUGAUUUAUUUUGUAAUUGUGAAUAUGUAAUUUCUUAAAAACAUUAGCCUGUGUGUUUUGAAUAUUUUUAAGUCAAUGUUGAUUCUGAAAUUGUUGGAUAUAUUAUUUAUCUCUCUUUUGCAACAUCAAAUGCAGAUUUAUUGCUGUUUUAUUAUUGUCCUCCUCGUUUGUUAUAUUUCGUAUACAUUGUACAUGUAUUUGAGAACAAA